AUGGAAAUACCUGAUGAUAAAGGCAAAAGCACUCCUGAAAAUUCGACAAUAGAUACCAAAAAAAUCAGAUGAUCACACAAGCCACAAAUAAUGACUUGCAAGCAUUGUGACUAUAAAGGACUAACUUUCAUUCACAUUUCAAUUUAAAAAAAAUAACUAAAUUAUUUUUUAGAAACAAUUUAUGCAUAAGAUGUAAGUAAAUGUGAGUAUGAUAGUGGAUUUAUUGCAUGACUAAUGUGUGGAGCAUGCAUUAUGGUCGGAUGUGUAUUUUGUUGCUGCUUAUGCCCAUUUUGUAUUGAAGGCCUCAAAAUUUGUCAUCAUAUAUGUCCACACUGCAAUAAACUUGUAGGAUCACACCAUCCAGGUGGGCGGCUUAUGGAUUUCUGUGGCUCUGCUAAGGGCAAUUGGAGAGAUUGAUACCAUGGAUCAAUUUCAUUGAGUCUAUCGAGUGUUAAAGCACAUUCCUUCCACAGCUACAGGAAAAACUACCCUCUUGUAGUCUGGAUCCAAACCUUAGUUUCUCUGUAGAGGAAUGCCCAUGGGUCCUAGGGCCCAAAGGACGUUGUUAGGCACCAUCUUUUGAGCCUGCACUUGAUUAUCGACUUGGAGUCCGUCCCAGUUCGCCGUAUCCAUAAGGCCCAAUAGGGCAGGUUGACACAUGUCGCCAUUUUUAUAUAUUGACCAUUCAGGUAAGCUAUAA